GAUAAUAUUUUAAUUAGGAGUGGCUUGUUAAAAGUUUUUUUUCCACGAUAGUUUUUUAAAAAAAUUCCACAUUUUUUGUCAAAAUGUUAGAUUUAUCAGUAUUUAAAGAACCGUUGGGUAUUAUGCGAGUAUUUCAAUUUAUAUUUGCAUUCUUGGCAUUUUCAUGUACCACAAGUUAUACGAACGAGUUAAAUUUUAAUUGUAAAGCUGAAAAUGGUACAAUUGGAUCGUAUGCGUAUCCAAUUGAAUAUCCAUUUGAUGUAAAAAUUUCACAGAGUCAAGUGUGCGCUAAUUCUAAAUUUACAUUAUAUGCUGAUUUUUCAUUCGAAGCUCACUUUUUCUUCAUAACUGGAUUAUUAUCGAUUUUGUAUGCGAUUGGAAUUUCUGUUGUUUACGCGUUAAUUGAAGAUGUUUAUAAAAACGAUAAACGUUUUCCAUUUUUGGAUUUUGGAGCAACAGUAAUUUUAGCCGUAUUCUGGUUAUCAGGUUCAGCUGCUUGGGCGUAUGGAGUAUCCGGUUUAAAAAGUGUUACAGAUCCGACAACAAUUAAAACUACAAUGAGUUUAGAUUGUUGUACAAUAAGUCGAUCCGGAUUUACUCGUUUAACGAUAUCAAUUAUAUUUGGAUUCUUAAAUUUCUUUUUAUGGGCAUCCGAUUUAUGGUUUGUAUAUAAAGAAACAGCAUGGUUUCAAAGUUUAUCGAAUCAAGCUCCAAGUGGAGUUUAAAUAAGGAAAAUUAGAAUAUUUUUCUUCGAAUAUAUUUAAGACUUUUUUUUUUUUUAAUAACGUUUCACAUUUUAUUUUUUUACAAGAAAAAAUGUCUUCCACAUUUUGAACUGAAGUAUUAGUGCCUUAUAUAAAAAAAGCGUUUUUUGCAAAGUGAAAAAAAGAAAACGUAAGUACUUUUUUUAAAAGUCCGUCCAAAAGGGAAUUAUUUUAAAUCUAGAUCUUUUUAGGGGAAUCUCUUUUCUAGUGCCUUAAAUAAUUUUUGUAACUUUUAC